AUGCGUCUCCGUUGCGUCCUGUGCGUCCUGGCCGCGCUCGCCUGCCCGUUCCUGCUGGCGGAGGCGCGCAGAGAGCGGCGCUCCGCCAUCGGCUGUCCGGAGAAAUGCGACAAGUCGCAGUGCGCGCCGAUCCCCGCCGACUGCCUGGCCGGGGACGUGCUGGACCGCUGCGACUGCUGCCCGGUGUGCGCGUCCGGCGAGGGGGAGCCGUGCGGCGGCGCCGGCCGCGUCGAGGAGCCGGAGUGCGCCGAGGGGAUGGAGUGCGUGGUGACCGACGGCGUGGAGGCGUCCGCCACCGUCCGGAGGAGAGCGAAGCCCGGCGUGUGCGUGUGCACGAGCUCGGAGCCGGUGUGCGGCAGCGACGGCGUCUCGUACCGCAACAUCUGCGAGCUGAAGCGCGUGAGCAACCGGGCCACGAAGCUGCAGCAGCCGCCGGUGAUUUUCAUCCAGAGGGGCGCGUGCGGGAAAGGUCAGCAGAACCCCGACAGCCUGCGAUACAAGUACAACUUCAUCGCUGACGUGGUGGAGAAGAUCGCUCCCGCCGUGGUUCACAUCGAGCUUUACCGCAAGAUGAUGUUUUCGAAGCGGGAGGUGGCGGUGGCCAGCGGCUCGGGCUUCAUCGUGUCGGAGGACGGCCUCAUCGUCACCAACGCUCACGUGGUGGCCAACAAGCACCGUGUGAAGGUGGAGCUGAAGAGCGGCGCGACCUACGACGCCAAGAUCAAGGACGUCGACGAGAAGGCCGACAUCGCUCUGAUCAAGAUCGACACGCCGAUGAAGCUGCCGGUGCUGUUGCUCGGCCGCUCGGCUGACCUGCGGCCCGGGGAGUUCGUGGUGGCCAUCGGCAGCCCGUUCUCUCUGCAGAACACCGUCACCACCGGCAUCGUCAGCACCACGCAGCGCGGCGGCAAGGAGCUCGGCCUGCGCAACUCCGACAUGGACUACAUCCAGACGGACGCCAUCAUCAACUACGGCAACUCAGGAGGACCACUAGUCAACCUGGACGGAGAGGUGAUCGGCAUCAACACUCUGAAGGUCACGGCGGGGAUCUCCUUCGCCAUCCCGUCAGACAAGAUCAGGCAGUUCCUGGCCGAGUCACACGACCGGCAGGCCAAAGGUCAAGCGGCGCCCAAGAAGAAAUACAUCGGCGUGAGGAUGAUGACGCUGACGUCCGCGCUGGCCAAGGAGCUGAAGGAGCGGCAGGCCGACUUCCCGGACGUCACCUCGGGCGCGUACGUCAUCGAGGUCAUCAGCCGGACCCCCGCCGAGACUGCCGGCCUGCGGGAGAGUGAUGUCAUCAUCAGCAUCAACGGCCAGCGAAUCACCUCGGCCAGCGACGUCAGCGCCGCCAUCAGGCAGCACGAGGCGCUGAAGACGGUGGUGCGGCGAGGGAACGAGGACGUCAUCCUCACCAUCGUCCCGGAGGAGAUCGACCCCUGACCUCUGCGUCCCGCCCCCGUCCCCCCUUCCCCUCCCCGAAUCUGAAAUCAGUCGACCAAUCCAGAGCUGGCUCUCAGUGUUUUUCAACCAAUCAUGAACACUUUGAAAAACCGGCAACCAAUAGGGGUGUGUGUCUGGGGCCACGCCUGCGUUCAAGAACUUGUAAUUAAUACUACUUCUACUACUAUUCUCCCAUGCUAUAAUGCACACACACACACACACACACACACACACACACACACACACACACACACACACACACAGAUGCCCUGGGAACUGAAGCUUCAAAGUUUUUCGUCCCUCUUUUCAUUUUGGAUGUUUUGUAUUGUACUAACAGCGAGCGGUGACAGAGGGUCUAACACGGUUCUGUUUCGUUGUCGAUGGGAUAUUUUUUAAAAUAGUGUUUUGUGUCUGUGUUUGACGACAAUUUUCAUAAAGGGAAUAAAAUUAUUUUUAAAAGUGUU